AUGGCAUUGUGUAUUGCAGGCAAGACGUAUCGUUUUCGAGUGCAUAAUGUUGGGAUAUCAACUAGUUUGAACUUUAGGAUAGAGGGCCAUAAUCUUCUCUUAGUGGAAACCGAAGGACGUUAUACAUCGCAACAAAAUUUCACUAGCUUCGAUAUUCAUGUGGGACAAUCGUAUUCGUUUUUAGUUACCAUGGAUCAAAACGCAACUAAAGAUUACUACAUUGUGGCAAGUGCUCGGUUCGUGAAUGAAUCGGUGUGGCAAAGAGUAACCGGUGUGGGCGUCUUGCAUUAUUCCAAUUCGAAAGGACCGGUAACCGGCAAAAUACAACAGCAAGUGGAGCUCGGCCGAACCCCCAAGGGUCUUUUUCAUUAUGGUUCAAUUAAUGUGACCGAAACAUACGUAAUACGGAGCUUGCCACCUUUUAGGAUUAACGGUAAGCGUCUUGCUACACUGAAUGGUAUCUCUUUCGUCAACCCUGAUACACAGAUCAGACUAGCCGACCUGCACCAUGUAAAGGGUGCUUAUAAGUUGGAUUUCCCCAGUAAGCCUCAUGAUACAACUCCCAAGAUGGACCGAUCCAUAAUCAACGCUACAUACCGGGGAUUCGUAGAGGUUAUAUUUCAGAAUAAUGACACCAAAAUACAGAGUUUUCACAUGGAUGGCUAUGCAUUUUAUGUGGUUGGAAUGGAUUUUGGUUUGUGGACGGAAAGCAGCAGAAGCAGUUAUAAUAAAUGGGACGCGAUCUCUCGAAGCACGACCGAGGUGUACCCUGGUGGGUGGACAGCAGUCCUUAUCUCUCUUGAUAAUGUGGGAGUAUGGAACCUUAGAGUGGAGAACUUGGAUAGGUGGUACCUAGGCCGAGAGACCUAUAUGAGAAUUGUCAAUCCUGAGGAAAAUGGCAAGACAGAGCUGCCUCCUCCUGAUAAUGUUUUGUAUUGUGGUGCUCUGAAGAGCUUGCAAAAAGAAUGACUCAGUUCUUCAGCAAUGGCAUUGCACUGUGGUAACUCCAACCUGCUUCUAACUUUGGUCAUCGCAAUUUUGGCAUCUAUUUUCACUUUUAGGUGA